ACAAGCUUGCUUUUUGUGAAAUCCAUCAGGCAGAGACCACUAUUGUUUCUAAUGGUAUUCAAAAGGGCUAUCUGAUGCAAAUUGAUUUUGAUUCGUUAGAGACUCGAAUUGUUCAAAUGAAGAAUGAACUUCUUGAUAUAAUUAAUGGAAAGUCUAAUAGUUAUUAUCAUGAUUUUGCUCUAAAAAUUUGUAAUGAAAUUGGUUCAAGAAAAGCUAGUACUCCGAUGGCACUAAUGGCUCGUUUUGAAGUUCUAAGACCAGUUGAUUAUUUACAAGAGGUAUUAGUUCCUGAGACCACAUUACGCUUAAUUUUUCAAGAUAAGGGUGGUUUGGAACUUGAAUUAGCUCGAAAAAUUAUGGAAGAUA